AAAAGUUACCCUCUCUGUCACUCUCAGCUUCGGAGCGGAGCCAUUCAUAAGUUCUCUCAAUGGUAAGCAGAAUCGCCAUGAGAAGCCUUCUCGGAGCUUCUCACUUGGUCAGUAAUUCUUCGACUCUUCUCUUCAGCCGGAGCUCCUCCUGCCGUCCGCCUAUCUUAGCUCCUUCCCCGACCUCCAUCCUCUGCCGGAACCUCGCGAUCAUGGCUGCCGCUGCCGAGGAGUUCGUCAAGGGGGCCGUCCACCCGAACGGCCUCGCUGUCAUCACCCUCGAUCGCCCCAAGGCCCUCAACGCCAUGAAUUUGGAUAUGGAUAUCAGGUACAAGAGUCUUCUUGAUCAAUGGGAAUCUGACCCAAAUGUUAAAUGUGUUCUGGUUGAGAGCAGCUCAGCCCGUGCCUUCUGUGCUGGAAUGGAUAUAAAGGGUGUUGUUGCUGAAAUUCAAAAGGACAAAAGUGGUGAUGUGAAGCAGAUAACAACCAAAAAUCAACUGGCAGAUGUGAUUGAGGUAUUCGGUGCAGAAUACUCUUUGAUAUGCAAAAUUUCUGAUUAUAAAAAACCAUACAUAUGCCUCAUGGAUGGCAUAACAAUGGGUUUUGGAAUUGGCUUAUCUGGUCAUGGUCGAUUUCGAGUGAUAACUGAGAGGACUCUGCUUGCAAUGCCAGAAAAUGGAAUUGGCCUUUUCCCUGAUGUUGGUUUUGCACAUAUAGCAGCUAAAACUCCAGGAGGAGGAUCGGUUGGUUCUUAUCUUGGAUUGACUGGAAAGAGAAUCUCAACACCAUCUGACGCCCUGUAUGUUGGUCUGGGAACGCAUUAUGUGCCAUCAAGCAAUUUAGGAUCACUGAAGGAGGCCCUUUUAUCAAAUACCUUUUCGCAAGAUCCUUUCGGGGAGAUUGGAGCGUUCCUUGCAAGAUACAGCAGUGACCCUGGAUCCGAACCCCAGCUGAAGUCCCUUCUGCCGCCGAUUUCUUCUUGCUUCAGUGCCAACAAAUCGGUUAUCGAGACAAUUGAAGAGCUCAAAAAGCAUCAAUCGAGUUCUGAUACUAGAGUGGUUGAAUGGGCUAAUGAGGCUCUGCAAGGCCUUGCAAAAGGUGCUCCUUUUUCUCUCUUCUUAACCCAUAAAUAUUUCUCCAAGGUUGCAUCAGCAGUGGCGAAGAAUGACCCUGAUUUUUCAACUCUAAAAGGUGUGAUGAAAACUGAAUACCGGAUUGCCUUAAGGUCUUCCCUGAGAAAUGAUUUCGCUGAAGGUGUCCGAGCUGUGCUGGUGGAUAAGGAUCAGAAUCCCAAAUGGCAACCACCAACAUUGGAAGAAGUGGACCCAAGGGAAGUGGAAGCUGUUUUUGAACCACUGAGCCCAGGAAUUGAGGAGUUGAGAGUAUGAGUUUCCUGUACAAAGUACUUUCCGCCCUGCCACCCUAAAUUCGAGCAUAAGAAUAACGAUUUCACGAGAUGGACCACCUUUGGCAAUAAAAGCUCCACAAUGGGUGUUAUGUUUCUAAUGACUCCUAUCAGAUCACGAUGGGCAAUAUGCCAAUUAUCAUGUUGUCGUGUGCUAAAAUGUUACGGUAUCUUGCAAUUGUUAAAAGAAGGCGUGCGGUGCAAUGUUUGAGUA